AUAUAAAACAGUGCACUGUGAGGCAGCCCAGCAGAUUCACAAGUCAGCUCUUCAUUUACGUCUUCAGUAACAGGCAGUCUAUAAUCGCAAGGAAGUCAUGAGCAUGCUUAAACUCAAAAUUCUCCUGCUUGGCUAUGUGCUGAUUUUUUGUCAGACGUCCUCAAACGCGGCCCCCUCCAGUAAGGAGUCCAUGUCAGAUGGGGUCACACUAUUGAACAAGGAUGCUGAAACGUUACUCAGAGCUAUCAAGGAGUUCAUGCAGAUAACCUCAGAUGAAGCAGCCCAACAAGCAGCUGACGGGGAGAGCAAUUCGACAGCACAAAAACGGGCAUGCAACACAGCCACCUGCGUGACACACCGCUUGGCCGACUUUUUGAGUCGCUCAGGUGGACUUGGACACAGCAACUUUGUUCCCACAAAUGUUGGUGCCCAGGCGUUUGGCAGAAGGAAGCGGCAUGGCCUGAUGUGAGACCAGAUGCAUGCUUCUUAAAACAUUCUUAUCUUCAGUGACAAAACUCCGCCAUCGUCUAUUCACAGUAGAAGCACCUUUGAAAGGAGCACCAGUUCCUUCUAGAAACUAUCCUUCACAAACAUGGAUAUGUGUCUUUCUUUAGGAUAACUAGACAGUCUGUUGUUAGUGUUUAAUAAACAGGAGAUUCUAAGCUACUCAGAGAGAUGAGAGCCGACUCAUUUUCUUUGUCCUGACCUCUGGCUCAUCUGCAUUUCUGACCUGUGACUGCUGUACUACAGUGUGUCUAAAUGGAAAUCCAAUACUGUGAAUCUGUGUUACAACACAAAUGUCAGCAAAUUGGUUGUUUCUGUACCUUGAUGUAAAACUCUUCAUUACAUUUCACUGUGGUUUAAAUAAUUCACCUGUAAAAGUUCUUAUCGUGGGUCUAAAUAUUGGGAUAAUUGUUAAUGGAGUGUAGAAAUAAAUAGUAUUUUAGCUACUAUAUGCUCCCCUGUGUGACUAUAUUGAAUGGCUGUUAUAGGUCUGAUUAACACAUUUAUGUUACUUCAUAAAAUUGAGAAACCUCCAUACAAUAAAUGUAACAGAAAGUUAAUACAUAUUAUGAUCAAACUUGUACUGUAAUCAUUGAAUUGUGGGUUGUGGGGGAGUAAAUGUGACUCAUUUUGCCUUCUAGUGGUUACAGUAAGCUACUACUUUUAUAUUAAAAUUCAGCUGCAUACAAUAAAAACUGCCUUAACUAAGA